AUGGUCAAGCGCAUCCUGCGCUAUGUGAAAGACACAUGGGAUGUUGGUCUUCAUAUUGGUGCUGGUCCGGUUGAUUCUCUCACAGCCUAUUCAGAUGCGGAUUGGGCAGGCUGCCCCGACUCGCGGCGCUCCACUUCUGGCUACUGUGUCUACCUCGGCGACACUUUGGUGUCUUGGUCUUCCAAGCACCAAUCCACCAUCUCCCAUUCCAGUGCAGAGUUGGAGUACCGCGCUGUGGCUCGUGCAGUUGCUAAAUGCUGCUGGCUGCGCCAGCUUCUCCACAAUCUUCAUGUUCCUAUUGCUUCCGCUACGGUUGUCUACUGCGACAAUGUGACUGCUAUCUAUAUGACCGCCAAUCCUGUCCAUCAUCAUCGCACAAAGUAUAUUGAGAUUGAUAUCCACUUCGUCCGUGAGAAGGUUGCGCUCGGGCAGAUCCGUUUUCUCCACGUCCCCUCGGCACAUCAGUAUGCGGACAUCAUGACUAAAGAUCUUCCGGUUGUUUACUGA